UGGUAGGACAAGGACCAGCUUCUCGUCAACAUCAGAGACCCCUUUGUCAGGGACCCGAGAAGCGCAAUGUCCGAUUUCACCGGGACAGACGUUUAUCAGGAAUCGUUCGAUCCCAAAGCCUACCUGGAGGAUUAUUUCCGCUUCGGGGAGGGCAGCUUGGGAGACGGGUUCUUGAAAUUUGCCCUCAAACAGUAUUCAGAUGUCUUCUCGUCGGGUAACGUAAAAGGCGGAACCUUGAUUGACGUUGGGAGCGGACCCACCAUCCACCAGAUGCUGUCGGCGUGUGAGCAUUUCGAAGAGAUAAUAGCCACGGAUUACACAGACAAGAACCUGGAGGAGCUAGAGAAGUGGUUGAAGAAUAAACCGGGUGCAUUUGACUGGAGCCCGGUUCUGAAAUACGUGUGCGAGCUGGAGGGAGACAGAGAGAAGUGGAUGGAGAAGCAGGAGAGACUGCGGCGUGCCGUGAAGCAGGUUCUGAAGUGUGAUGUCAUGAAGUCUAACCCUCUCGAGCCGGUGACGCUUCCUCAAGCUGACUGCUUGCUGAGCUCCGAAUGCUUGGAGGGGGCGUGCAAGGAUCAGGCGGCGUACCGCUCCGCUUUGAAGAACAUCAGCACUUUGCUGAGACCCGGCGGUCAUCUGGUGCUCUGUGGGGUCCUAAACACCAACUACUACAUGGUCGGGAAGGUUAAGUUCUUCUCCUUGUGUUUAGAUGAAGCUUUCCUCAGGGAUGCUCUGCAGGCUGAGGGUUAUGUGAUUGAGCACAUGACGAUAGCACAGAGGGAGGAAAAAUCCAUGCAAGAAAUGUGCGAUUAUGAAAGAUCGUACCUUAUCGUGGCUCGCAAGCAGGGCUGAUCGCACAUUACUGCAGUUCCAUGCAUGAGUUGUCUUUUUCACACGGAACUCUUAAAAAUAAUUCAUUUUUCCCUAUAAAAUGUUUCCAAAUCAUCUAAUAAACGGUUGCUUUAGGACCGAUGUAGGGAGUUGUAACCAUCUGAUGCAUCUUUGCUUAAUAACAAGCCUGUUUUGAUUAUUUUAAACACGUGUUGUAUUCUAACAAAGAAAAAUAAUACUUUAUCGAUACCUGC